UAAAUUUUUUUACUCCUUUAUUACAGAUUCAAGCUAAGAGUUCCACAUGGAUGUAUUAAACCUAUGUGGAAAAAGAAGCGGGCAUUACUGAUCGACAUACAAGACAGGGAACUACAAAACUACAAAUCAAAGGAAACACGUGAGAUUAUAAGAAAUUUACUCACAGUGCUACAUAUGAAGUGUCCGGCAGGGGCGUUACGGAACUCACCAAUAUAACUGGCUGGUAACAGGAGAUAUCAAAGAUGUCAGACUUGGAUGUUUUGAAAGAGAUUCCAGGAUACAAAGCUAUCCUGAAGUCUGUAUUAAAAUCUCAAAUACACCUUCUGAUGGAACAGCU